GAAAACCAUCCAAAAGGUAUCUUUCAAAAUCAUAACAGAAGUUUGCUCGGCUGCCUCGCCUGCAACGUGUAAGCUUCUCUCUUCGGAGUUGAAACGCGCGAGUUGAGCUUUCCAUGACGCGGUCGAGGCCUGUUGAAGGAGAGCAAGCAGUUCAACACACCCUCCACAGCAACAAUGUCCCUGUGAUUCAACAGCAGAGAGUCAUAGUACAGAACAAGCAUGGUGAAGGGCUUGUCGGGAUCUUGCACGAAACAGGUUGUGAGGAGCUUGUAAUCUUGUGUCAUGGAUUUGGAUCCUCCAAGGAACGCAAGCCUAUGGCAAACCUUGCUGCUGCAUUAGAGAAACAAGGGAUCAGUGCUUUCCACUUUGACUUUGCUGGAAAUGGGGAGAGUGAAGGUUCAUUUCAGUAUGGCAACUAUCGUAGAGAAGCUGAGGAUUUACGUGCUGUAGUCCUAUACUUCCGUGGGGAGAAACGGAUGAUAACAGCAAUUAUCGGGCACAGCAAAGGGGGGAAUGUGGUACUCCUUUAUGCUUCAAGGUAUAAUGAUGUUCGUAUGGUUGUCAAUAUUUCUGGCCGUUUUAAUCUACAGCAAGGUAUUGAAGGUCGCCUGGGUAAAAACUUUUUUCAGAAAAUUAAGCAAAAAGGGUUUAUUGAUGUUUACAAUAAAAGAGGAAAAUUUGAGUUUCGUGUGACCAAGGAAAGUUUGAUGGAACGUCUAACUACUGAUUCUCCUGCAGCAUGCCAAUUAAUUCGCAAAGAGUGCAGGGUUUUGACAGUUCACGGUUCCAAGGAUGAAAGUGUACCAGUCGAAGAUGCUUUUGCGUUUUCUAAGAUCAUACCCAACCAUAGACUGCACAUUGUAGAAGGAGCUGAUCAUGAGUACACAUCUCAUCAAGAUGUCCUGGCUGCAAUUGUGCUGGAUUUCAUAAGGGCAGAUCCAAAUUUAGACAAAAGAAUGCCUCAACAAAUAGGAAUCUGCUCAAAAGCAGAUAAUUCAACCCAUUCUCGACUUUGAUGGGCUAAACAACCUUAUUACAACAACAACACGACAACAACAAAACUAAGCCUUAAGUUUCACUAGGUAGAGUCGGCUAUAUGAAUCAUUUUUUGCUAAUUUAUGCAACCAUGGACCAUUUCGUUUGACUAAACAACCUUACUAGUAGAACCAAAAAAAAACAAAAAAAAAAAAAAAUUGAAAAGGAAAAAGAAUUAGAUGGACACUAAGCUUUUGUUGGCCACUGCCUGACAUUUUGAGUCUAUUAUACUGUAUUCGAUGUUGAAUUCCUUAUCACAAUGGAAAAUUUCACACAAAGCAGUCAAAAUGUAAUUUUCCAGGAACUUGGCCGUGUUUCAGUUAUUUCCCAUUUGGAAUUCAGAGUUUGGCUUUGAUUUGGGGCGAAACACAUUUAUAAUUGUAUUGUUACGGUGAUAAAAUUGUGGAAACUUUUGGGAACAAGUAAAUGUUGAAUUUAUGAAA